AAGAUAUCCGAAACCGUUUGGUACUCUAUGUUUUUUUUGUAAGAUGCUUUUGGCGCACCGAAGGGGAACCAGCUGGAUGACUGCAGCGUCGGCUCACUCGGGGCUCUGUCUGAAGGCCGCUGCACCAACGCACCGCUCGUUUCGCUGAGCUGGGACCAUUCCGCUCCAAAUCCCAUGGCCAUUUCCGUGCGUGUGGCCGAACCGUCUGAUGCCCCAGCGAUCGACAGGGUCUUGGGUGCUUGUUAUCCGGUGCUCUUCCGUGGGGCCUAUGAUGAGGAAGCCUUGGAGGCGUUCUUGCCGCAUCUCAUCUACUCACAGCCGGAGCUGCUGGAGUCCGGGAAGUUCUUCGUCGCCGAAUCGGACGCGUGCAUCCUCGCGUGUGGUGGCUGGUCGCUGCACCGCCCCGGUUCGCGCGAAGUGAUUGCUGGCUUGGGCCACUUGCGCCAUUUCGCGGUUCAUCCGGACUGUAUCGGGAAAGGCAUUGGAAGAAGCAUUUUCGAAGCAUGUGAAAAACAGAGCAAGGAAUUUGGUGUGGCGGAAUUUGAAUGCUGCUCUUCGCUGGUGGCUGAGGGCUUCUAUGCCAGACUAGGCUUGCAGACAAUUGAGACGAAGGAGGUCACCCUCAGAGAGGGCGCUCCUACUAUCUUAUGUAAAAUCAUGAAGACACGGGAUACUUCACCUUAGCUGGUUGGCCAGAUCCACUUCAGAGCUCAAAACAGAGCUUUUCAGUAUAUUUCAGGAUAGCUAAUGAUCGGUUGUUGGUCGCUGGACUCACUUCUGAUGUGAAGAUUGUCUUUCCUACCUGCUGCAUGUUUUUUGCUGUGCUGUACGACGGCAACAACCACAACCAUCAAGAGGGGGUCAUGAGAAUGACCCCAAACCUUCCACAGCUACAACUUCCAUUGCCAAGUGUUACCCGUCAGUUGGCUUUGAUGGUGUACAGGUGUACAGGUCUGUCCGCGUGGAGGCAAUCACUCAUUGAUGGUGAUGUGACGUUAGCUCAGCGGCUCUAGCAGCCCGGGGAAAACCAG